AUGAAGGAACUGAAUGGAAAAAAUAUGACGGUAUUCAGGGAGAGGGGAGAUGUUUUGACGCUAUUAGAACGAUAUAUUCUCACAAGUAAAACUAGUUCAGGUCUAUUUAUGGAUUCCAGCGAUGGUGGUGGACUUCACGAACUUCACCUUAUAACAAGUGCGACCUCCAACGGAGCGGUUUGUCUAGAUGGUUCCUCCCCUGGAAUAUACCUUCGCAAUGGAACAGGCGUGGACAAAUCAAAGUGGAUUAUAUUUUUCGGGGGUGGGGCUUGGUGUCAUGAUCGCGACACGUGCUACGAACGCUCUAACACAGAGCUUGGCUCGUCUAACUGUUUCCCCCGUUAUCUUCGUCUCGAAGGUUUGCUUUCUAAUCAGGCCUGUCACAAUCCUGAUUUCUAUACUUGGACGUCUGUGUUUAUUCGUUACUGUGACGGAGCUUCUUUCACCGGGGAUCGCACCCACCCUCUCGAAGUUAACAACAGAAAGCUCUAUUUCCGAGGGCGAAGAAUACUUGACGCAGUUCUUGACGAGUUGUUACGAAGAGGAAUCAAUCACGCUUCCGAGAUCAUCGUGGGCGGUCGCUCAGCCGGCGCUCUUACGGCGAUGAUACACUCCGAUUACAUUCGAAAGCGUUUUCAACGCGCAACAAACGCUUCUUUCCGUGUGCUUUCAGACGCGGGAUUCUUCGUGGAUGCACCAUCUCUUAAUGGAAGCGAAAUAAUUCAGUCCAUAUUUCGUCAGGCGUUUUCGUUGCAUAAUUCUUCUAUGAGUUUUAACCGCGGUUGUGUACGCGCGCAAAAGUGCAAACAAGAGUGGCGAUGCUUUUUCCCGCAGUAUUUGAUUCCCUUUCUCUCGUCACCGAUUUUUCUAGUUAAUUCCUUGUACGAUUUAUGGCAGAUCGCCUUCUUGUCUAAUGUUCCUUGCGUUUUAAAACUGGACACUUGUAACACCUCGGAGUUAUCAUACAUUAUGAGUUUUCGUGAUAAAACUUUACAAGCUUUGCGCUCAGUUUUCAACGCAGACACAACAGCAGUUUUUGCUGAUGCAUGUUUUGUUCACACUCAAACUGUUAUGAACGAUUUAUGGACCAAUAUUCGGGUACGUAACAUUACAAUGGCACAAGCAUUCGCUGACUGGUAUGACGGAGAUGUCUCAAAUAGAUUUGGAAUUGACGAUCCUUAUCCCAGUAAUCCUUCGUGUCCCAAAGAUUAUCACAUAUAAUUAUCGACAAUAAAACCUGCUUUAUAAAUUUAUAGUGUAUACUGUUGCUGUGAAACUUUCCACCCAAACUAGGGGCCCUUUUUUCGAGAGUUAAUUAACCUGUCUUUUCAAGAUCGAGGUUUCAAUAGUGAACAAAACCAGGGGGUAACAAAAAUUUAGCGAUAUUUAGCCCUUAGUUAUAAACACGCUCGACAGAGUCAGGGAACAAAGAAAUUCCGUUAAAACAACUUCUGCUCUGGAGCCACAAAACAGAUUUAUUUGGAACAAAAACCUGUGGGUUUUGCUAAAAACAACAAUGAAAGCAUAAGCCAAACAAUAGCUUAGACAUGAAAAUCAGCUACUUAUAAUAACACGUACCUAAAAAAAACUAAUGGGAAUAGCGGCAUUCUAGUAAAGCAAAUUCAUGCACUGACUCUGCAUGAAUAAAACUAGGAAGCACGAAGACUAAAACAGCGUGGGACAAAAUAGGCAUAUGAAACGACAAAGCUGAAAACCCCGCAUGCGCAAGUAAGAAACCAGACAUAUAAAGCGUGCAGAAGUCUGCACUAAGAAUAAUUUUUUCCAGAUUGCUCUUAUGAGUCGGCACUCGUGCGCUGUGGCUUGCCUACACUUUUGUCGCGCCGUGAUGAGGCUUGCAGGCGUUUUAUAUCUAACAUCAAGGAGUCCAGUUUCCUUUCACACCUGCUGCCGCAGCCCACGAAUGUCGCUCAUUGGUACGGGUUGAGGUGGGGAUUUUCUCGUUCUGAAUUCCGCUUUGUCAGAACGGACCACCUUAGUAAUUUUGUUACCCACAGUUACAAGAGGAUUUAAUUGUUUUUGCCUUCUGUGCCAUGUGUAAUUAUGUGUUCUGCGUAUUCUUGACCUCCCUUGUAAUUUAGUGUUAUACACUACCAAGAGGGUUUAAUAAACUGAUUAUUAUUAUUAUACUGCGAGAACUGAACAACAAGUGACUGCUGUCCGACUAGAGCCCGCUGAAUAAGAUUGGAGAAAAACUGAAGCCAGCGAAUGUACCACUCACGGGAUCCAGCAGAAGGAAAUGCUGAAACUAGGGAAUUGCAACCUGAAAGAUAAAGUGGUGCUGUGAGGACAAUAGGGACUUUACCAUCCGACGACGCAAUGGCAGUGAAAACGUCGCUUAAAAAUUGAAGUUACGUUCUUCCAGUCUUAAUCGUGAAUAUUCCUACCCAUUUACUUUAUCAAAAGUAGGCGCACCUUCCCGGAGUUGAAUUCUUGGGAUCCCUAUCCAAGUUCAGAAAGAGAAACAAAAUUCGUCGUCGCUUGUUUACGUCCUCCAUAAAAUGUAAAAUUAGGCAAUUUCACGUCGUAUUCGUGCAAAAACGGCGGAGAAAUGUACAAAAAAAUGUGAUGCACGUGUAAAGUUGUUGUUUUGCCUUCUAAACCUAUUGUUUGUUAGACGUUCUGGUUGCCAUCGCGUCGUCGGAACAUAAAAGACGCGGCUCAAGGGAUAGCAGUCUUACCCGCCGGUAAUCCGACAGGGAAUUAGACUUCCUUGUAAGACUGAAAUUCAAGGAGUGGCUGCAGAAAAAUAAUAACAAGGAAAGAAUUGAAAACAAAUACAACCAAAGCAAAGGAUAUAACUAAGAAAAUACUGCAAACAAAAAGGCAAAAAGUACCAAAAAUAAUGACCUUGAAAAUGUAUCUGACCGGACCGAAUGUCGAACACGUGGCAACCUAUAAAAUAUAGGUUGUAAAACGAGAUACUUACCGCGAGCAUAGCUCAAGAAAUUGAGGAAAAUGGAAAUAAAAACAGGAAGCAGAAAGGAAGCGGCGAACGUCAGUGAAGAAACAAGGGGAAGGGUGAGGAGGGAACGAGUUUGAUGUGCACGUUUAAUGAGGCUAUGAUGAGACCUGUGUGUCUAUGAAUGCAUGGUGUAUGGGUCUUAUAUAGUCACUUGGGCGAGACCGCUGUAAAUAGUUUGGCGGACAAUAUAAAACUAUCAGUUCACCCAAAAAAAGGCUUAUGUUAGCUAGAACCCAAACGUUUAUGGUUUAGUUUUUCCCGGAAAAAAAGAAAAAAAACGGGGUCUGGAGAUCAAAAGUGAUUCUUUCAAUGGUUUAUGCUUUUAAUUAGUACAACGCAUUACUUUGUUGUUUGGUGCCAUUUUUUUGUUGUUGUUUCUUUGUUUGUUUGUUUUCAUUUUUUUUAAUCAAAAAUAUCUUUGUUCAUCAGGUUUUUUUCGUGGACUAUGGAAAUUCAGAGUGGACACGUGAAAGUCACGUGAAGCGUAUGCUCCCGCAUUUUCUGCAUCUUCCAUUUCAAGCGCUUGAAUGUUUCCUUGGAAACGUGGAACCCGCUUACGAUCAUCAAAAAAAUGGAAAGAAACUCGACUGGUCUGAAGACGCUAUGUGAGUGAAUGUGCUAGUCUUAUAACUACGUUCUUCGUCAAAACUAUUAAACUUACUUGUAAAAAAAGCCAACAGUUCACAUCCGUACACAUAGUAUUGCACGGUGCUUGAGUAAAAUGGUAAGCGACAUUUAUAUAUAUAAUUAAAGAAAGUGUAUGAUUCAUAAGACUGCCUCUUGGUAUAUUGUAUACUAAUUUAAUCAUUUAUUUCUAUUAUUAUUAUUUUUCAGGAAAACAUUUUCAUCUCUCACCGAGGACAAGACGCUCAUUGCGCACGUUCUCUCUAAGUAAGUCCGGCUGUCGAACGGCUGGGGUAUUUUGCAGAACGCCGAACGGCCACCGAACAACGAAUGACUGACGUUUAGUGAUUAGGGUCAGGAAACUGAGUGAAUAAAGUCUUUAAGUUAGGUCAUUUUUGUCCCUAAAUGGAACCCUGAUUCAAUUUCCUAACCCUCAUCACUAAACUUCAGAGUCUAUGAGCUUUUGGCGGCCAUUUGGCGUUCUGCAAAAUACCCCUGCUGCCGUGCCAACAGUAAAUCUUGAAUGUAGUCGGUCUGAAAAGGGUGUAAGAACUAGGAACACAGGGCACCACGAGUGCCUGUCAUCUGUAGAGUUCUUCUUUUCUGCAGGCAAGCUCAGUAUGUGGGGAUCUAAAACAGCUUGCUCAGGUAAAGGCGAAGAAUUUGAGGGACGGGGAACGGGGUUAUGCAACGAGGAUAUUGUUGUUUUAGGUCAGUUCUUUGCUAAGUCAUUACUGAAUACCUUAACCCAUGCAGAAAAUGCUCCUGUAAAGUUGUAAAGAAGGUAUCAAACAAAUUUCAUCAGGGAAUACAGUGUACUAACCAAAAUAAUUUAUUUGGUGAUUUUUGCAAGCAUAGCAGCCAACUUUUUCAAGUUUCAAUCCAUGUCUAUCCUUGCCAUCCGAAGCGACAAACAGCAGGAAACAAAUCAAUGCUAAAUAUAGUCUGAAAUAACAAAAUUGGAACAGUAUUUUUGAAAUUCAAUUGACGUGAAGACAAGUUUUAGCUUUUUAAAAUACAGUAAAUAGCUUGACAUAGCCCAUUUAAAUUUGCCGAUAUUUAAUAAGCAGUGUGCAAAGAAAGUCGUGUCCCAUAGCCCAGGGCUAGUGGAUUUUGCUUUCGGGCUAGUGAAUUAUAUUCUUAACUUUCACGACUGGCAAGUGAAGUUUUUUGGGGGAAUUCUAAUUACAGAGGAGCUUUGAUCAAUCCCGAUCAACAAAAUAUUUUUUCGAGCUAAAAAAUAAUCACUUUGAAUGUCAGUGUAUUUAGCACGAAGGUACUAAUUGGGGACACUAUUUUUACGGCUCGUACUGGAGACGGGACCGCCAUUUUCCGAGGUCAUCCGAGCCACGCGAUGGUCCAGCCGCUUGCAGUGCAAAGGCAGUACAUUCAUUUCUCAGUUAUUUUAAGACCGUGAGUGUUGGUCCGGUCCCGGAAAUCGAACCCGCGACCUCUCGCUCAGCAGUCAAGCGCUCCACUGACUGAGCUAAUCCCGCGGCAAAUUAAAACGAAUCAAUUAAAACGAUUUUUGGGCUAGCACAUGCUAACUACAGCUUGCCCGAAUGGCAAGCUGUAAAACUGGCUUUGUAUGCACCCUUAAUAAGAACAUAAUUUCAUACUGGCCUUGCUCUUCUAGGGCGUGGAAUCAGACCGUUUAUGUUGAUCUUUGGGACACAGAAGGCGAUGAAGAAAUUCACAUCAACAAAGUGUUGAUCGAGAAAGGAUUCGCUCACGAAACUGACCACACCGUGAGCAAUCCCUGGAAUAUCGAGGCAUCCUUUGAAGUCAACCCACACAAGACAGUCGGACUUCCGGGGUGAAAUAACUGCUGGGUUUGUUUCUUCGGCCAUGGAACCAUCCCUGGGGAAAUUUCCCAUUCCCCAGGGACAUGCCUGCGGUGUUUGCCACCAUUCCUGUUGCGUCACCUGUACUCGAUAUUUUUAGCAGACAAUGAUAUUGAGGAAUUCUAUUGUGAAAUAUAAAUAGUACAUACUACGUGACAUGGUGUUACACUCACGCACAUUGAUUAAAUUGCGUGACUCAUGUGGCAGGACGGUAUUCGUUGCACCUACGUUGAAAUCUGUUGGUGAAACCAUAUUGGGGCAUAAACUUCUUACAUCGUUUUGUUCGUUAAAGUUAAAGUUAAAACUUGCCAUACAGGGACUAGGCAAGUAAAACUGCUUUGUGGUCGUUCGUCACGUCGGGAGUUAUCCAAAGCCUCACUGGCUUGUUUCGGAAGGGACUGGAUGGGUGUCGUAUCAAGCUGCUUCAUGGGACUGUUUUGGCGACGCUUAACUCUUCGCCACUUUCGAAACGAGAAGGAAACUGGAACGAGUUAAGUUUCGCAAAGAGUUCUGGGACUGUUACUGGGGACAGGGAAAAAAUUGGCCAAUCGCUGAGUGGCGCGUGCCUAGUAACGAUCCCAGAAAGAAUUGCGGAACGAAUUUCGGCUCCAAUUUCCUUCUCGCUCCUAAAGGAGUCGGAAAAAAAAAUCAGGAAGAAAGAAAAUUUGAGCUACGUAAUGCGAAAUAAAAAUUGGGGCACUCGUACGAACAAAAAAUUACCGUAUUUAUUCGAUUAACCGCCCUGGGCACUUAUUACAUUUUUAGAUCUUGAGAGUGGGCGCUAAUUCGAGGUGGGCGCUUAUUCGAGGCUGGGCGCUUGUUAAAUUUUCACCAUUUUCAGCAAGUGUAGAUUUAACAAAGCAAGUUUCUGUAAAAUACUCUGAAAACAAAACUUCGUCUUCGGGACAGUAUCUUAUUAUUUCUGAUUGGAGUUUGAGUGGG